AUGCCGCUCGGGCCUUACAAUCGGAUGACGCCGGGACGAGCAAGGAAUGCUGCUGCCCUCGACUGUGAAACAACGUCUCCUCUGUCGUACCGGGCAAAGACUACCAGGUUGAAGAAACCACCGGUAAUCCCUCUGGAAAAUCGGCCUCUCGCUGAGAAUCCAGUAUACGAACCGGUCGUGGUUGAGCUUCCAAGGAUCCUACAGUCUGACCAUCCCGAGCAACGUUCAAGUCUCGACAGGCCAUCCCGGAUAGAACCUCGUCAAGCGUCUCUGGUCUGGAAGUCGAUACGCGGCUUCGGCUCUGGGAACGUGUCGUGGCCAUCCUCUUUUGGGUCAGUUGUUUCUGGCUACUGCGCGCUUUGGCUGGCUUUGGCGCUCAAGAGGCCGGCGUCCACUGGCAAGAACACAGGCCAUAGGCAUGUAAUAUUGGACUGGCAAGGCGACUAUAAUGUACUCCUGGAUCAUUCGGCGCGCCCUCAGUCCACGACCUUCUAUCCAGAACCAGCAUACCACUUGCCAGUUCCUACUCCGAGGGCUACAGCCGUUCCUGAGAAGGAGGUACCAUCUGAAGUGCGACCUUUCUAUGACCCGCGCUAUGAUCCAUUCGACCUGCGACCCCACUUCUUCGAGCCUGAAGAGUACUUUCACGAAGGUCGGCCUUACGCUUUGAAGAUACAUCUUAAGCCCACUCAAGAUUCAACUGCACUGAACGGUGCACGGCCGUCCAAGUCUAAAUGUCGAGGGGCUCGGACGCGGUGUUAA